GAAACAUUUUCUGUGCAAUUUUUGACUCGAGAUGUUGUUAAAGUUUGUAGUUUUUGCUUCAGCUCUCAUUGCAGCUGUGAAUUGUGAUUCACGUAUCAUAUUUCGCUACUACACAGAUGGGAUAUCCUUUGUAGAGUACAACACGAAUACAUUUCCACAAGUUUUGAGCCACCCAAGUUUCGUUCGUACCAGAGAAACAGUCUUUUAUCACUACAGCAAUGGUGAGAGCUUAGCUACACCGCAAGUUAAUGACAUUGUUAUAUCCUACGCUUCCAUACAGCGAGCCAACUUUAUUGUGAUCUGGUAUCAGGAUAAUAAUGUUGUGUCUACUGGAAAUGCAAUCGCUUUAGCAGCUGGACUUUCUCAAACUCUCAUCAAUUUUUGUGAAUUCGGCUACAAUUCAGCACUCAUCAACUUAAUUGGUGGUGGACUUGGAGCACAAAUUCUCGCUCGAGCCUCACGAGGUGUUCAAGAGAAUUCAAACCGUCGACAUAUCGUUGGUCGAUUGACAGGAUUAGAUCCACAAAGUAUGGGAGCAAUCAGUGUCAUUCAAAUCGGACGAUUAAGUCCUGCUGAUGCACAGUGGGUGGAAACAAUUCAUACAGAUGGAACAUCUCUUGGUGAUCAUGAGGCUCGUGGGCAUGUUCACUUCUUUGUUAAUGGCGGAACUACUCAACCGAUGUGCACACAAACACUUGCUGGUGCUAGAGCACAGUGCAGUUAUGAAAUGGCUAUGACAUAUUGGGCUGAAUCUGUUCGUUCGAUUACUCCAAUUUUCCCAUCAUUGUAUUGCGAUUCAUGGUCAGCAUUUAUAUCCUCACAGUGCAAUAGCAACACGAUUGCUAAUAUGGGAAGAUCAAACUCGGCUACUAAUUUAAGAGGAUCAUAUAUGUUGAGGACUAACAACCAGGCACCGUUCUCAAGAAAUCAAGCAACACCUUAAACAUUUACCUAUGAGUUGUGGAUGUCAAUAAAAAAUUAAUUCACAAACUUAUCUAAUCUUUCAUGGGUACUUAAUGAUUAUUUUUGGGAAUCAAGAUUAUUAAGUGAAAAUCUCUUUCCUUACGAUAACAUUCUGAUCGGAUGACUGCACAAAAAUAGAAAAUUGUCGG